CUCCGCAGUAGUCGGGUAUCUGCAGUCGCGUCAGGCGCCCCGCGAGUAAUUUUUUUUUUAAUAAUAUAUAAUAGCUUCAGUGUACGUCGUAAUCUCGUACAAAGGUACGAAACGGUGCAGGGACGUGAUAUAUCGUUUUUAUAUGUUAAGUGCAGUUUCCGAAAUUAAAUUCGUACAUGGAUUAAACGCCGUCGUCGUGUGGUACUAUUGUUGCUCAUCUACCAGACGUUUAUUACUCCAUAACCGUACCGCAUCGGGGUCGGUCCUCGCGUAAAAAUGUUUUACCUUCCUACAUAAUAAUUAUUAUAAUGUAUGUCUUUACUUAAUAGAAUCCGCGUUGAUAAUAGACCCAAAAUACAUAGAUCAACGUUCUUCCGCGAUACACGCGACGCGCCGAAAUUCUAAUAAUUAUUAUUCGCGGCAAAAACCUAUGAUUUAUCGCAUGAUAAUACCGUCAUUAUUUGAGUGUUUUUUUUUGUCACGAUUGUCUGUAAAAUAUAUUAUAAUAUAUAAUUUUCACAUAAUAUAGUUGCACGCUUUACAUUAUAAUAACUCCGAACGUUAUCGUGUCGAACAAGGUCGUUAUUAUUGAAGAUCAAGGUCCGCGACGUUAAAAUUAUAUUAUUAUAAUACGCUUUUAACUCUUUUAUUAUUUCUUUGUUUUUUUUCUAUUUCUCGUUAUUUAUUUAUUUUUACUUGUCGCAAUAAAAUAUUCACAACCAAAGGGGUUGUCCGUGAACUUCACAAAUAUUUGCAUUUCCCUGUUUUUUUCUUGUCUGAUUAUAUAAAAAAAUAUAUUCCGACGAGUUGUCCAGCUGCCGUUUGCCAUGACAUCGACGCUGUACAAUAAGAUUGGACUUAUACCCAAACAAAAACCGAUUAGAGUAAUGAUAAUGGGACAGCCCGGCGUGGGAAAAACUGCGCUAUUAGUAAGGUUUGUGACGAAAAAGUUCAUCGGUGACUACGACCCUAACCUAGAAAAAAUGUACACGUACCAAGUGUGCAUGGAAUCGGAAACGGUCAACUUUGAAAUAUUAGACACCGCUGGAUACGUACAAGACAAAUCAUGCAACUUGGAAAUGAACAUGCGUUGGGCCGACGUGUUCAUAUUGGUGUACUCAAUUACGGACAAAUGUUCGUUUGACGAUUGCAGUAGACUCAAGUUUUUGAUUAACUACAACAAAAAGAAACGUCGUCUCUCGACUAAAGAUCACCCAUUUGACGUGCCAGUAAUACUAGUCGGUAACAAAGUGGAUCAACAGUAUGAUCGAAUGGUAACGUAUGCUGAAGGUCGGAAACGUUGCCAAGAACUUGGGUGCGUGGCUUUUCAUGAGAUUUCAGUGCGAGAAGAUGUUGAUCAAGCAUAUGCGGUAUUCAAGGAAGCGUUUACAUGCUGGAAAUCAAUGUCUAAAAAUCCAAAACUAAAACGUUCUUCUUCUGAUCACGGAGCAGAAGCACUCUUCAAUUCGGCAUCUAGAUUUAUAAGUUGGCCGCUAGUGUUCGGUGAUAGUGCGUGCAGUUCGUCAAAUCGGACAGAAGAUACUCCAGAGUUCCGGGCCAGGGCUUCGACGGAGGGACACAUCCGGUCAGGGGCAACGGGUAACCGGUACCUGCCCACGCUGUCUGCAAGAGGAAGUAUUUGCUGCUACUUGAAAAAAUGAAAGUCAACACUGUUGCAUAUAAACAUUAAACAUGCACAAGAUAUUAAAUCGUAUUAUAUAUUAAGCCAUACGUAUUAUUUGUGGCGAAUUCGCGAGUGGCAUCGAUAAUUUGUCUUGAUGUACCUACAAUAAAACAUGAUGCGACACAAACAAUGUAUUAUGCAUAAUUAUUAUUCGUUAAUACACGUGUUAUAAUUAUAAUUACAUAACUUAUGUACUUAUGUAUGAUUAAUGUAAAUUAUAACGAUCACGUGCUGGCGGAAACACGAACAAUAUUAUUGACUCAUAAUACACCUAUUUACACGCAUAGACAGUAAAUACAAUGCCUACAUAACACCUGUAACAAUAUGCGCAUAAGUGUUUUUACAACGUUAAGACGAGAUUACUUGUCAAAUUAAACUUUAUAUACAUAUACGCACUUGCUUGGAUAAUAUAAGAUAACAGGGUAACAAUUUUAAGCUAACAUCGGAUCUUUCACCAAUAUAAUACGAUAUUGUAUCGUAUUUAUUUUUCACGACAAAACAAUUAAAGUUUUAGAUUUUAAUAAUUUUUAAUCAUAAAAAUGAAAAUAUUAUAUCUAACUAUCAAUAUAAUAAUAAAAAGGCUGUACAUUUUCAUAACUGAUGACUUACCCAUUGACCAUUAUAAUAAAUGAUAAUUAAUACUUACCUAGGAAAAAAUGAAACAUAAUAAUAUGAUUAGGUUUUAACAGUGCACCAGUGCUCGUAGAACUUAUAUUCUUUAAUUCUUAUAUGAUAAAACUACCUACCUGUUUAAUUAGGCCCUAUGAUAAAGGUCAGGAUUUUUAUGUAAAUACGGGCGGCUUUCAUUUUUUGAAUAACUCAAAAUAACAAAUCAUUUGGGCGAAAUUUACACACACCCCUAAUGUAUCAUAUACAUCGUUUGCAGGGCGAGCCAAGUUAUUAAUUUAUGAAAUUUAGCAAAAAUUAAAAAAAAAUAAUUGUUAUACACAUAAUAUUAUUCUUAAAAAAUCAUUUAUAAAAUUUUAACUUAUAGGCGACAAUAAUCAUUGACAAUUUGACCAAGUAAUGCAUACCAACGACAUAUAGACUAUAUAAUAUAUGUUUUCUUUCCUUUUUUUAGAGACUUAGGACUCUCAGUUAACUCUAACUGAUAUGGUUAAAAAUGUAUUAAAUUGUCAUAAUAUUGUAUUAAAAAUAGUAACUAAUUUUUU